AUGGAAGUGGUACCAUCGCGGUUGCAAUCGGAGGAAUGUGAAGAAACGGAGGUGGAUGUUGCGGGUUUGUAUGGGUAUACAAAGAUUUCUCAAUACAUGGUUAAGACUUGGGUUCUGACAACAACCGUAAAUUGAACUUUGGGUUAUAAUAUCUAAUAUUUAGUUAAUGUUGUUAAUUUUUCUUUUAUUUUUGCAUAUAAUACGUGAGAAAUGUCUUAUUUUUUAUAUUUUAUGAAUUAAUUCAAAAUUGUUAUUUCAGGAUAUCAUUAGUACAAGCUUCAUAGAGCAAAAGCUGCGUAAGUGAACAUUCGUAAAAUAAAAAAUAUCAACGUAAUAUCUAUUAUUCAGGCUAUAGUGAGAAAGCAGAAGGAGACAAGCAAGUUAUAAAAGGUUAUUCAAAGUAAGUUUUUUGCAUUUGUAUCUAGAAUGGUACAAAUCCAUGGAUAAUGUGGAAGUCGGGUUAUCAUAACAUUAGUAUUAACAUGUUAUAUUGAUUAUAACGCAAUCUUUCUUUUGAACAUUUUAAUAGGAAUCUAUUUUAUUUUGGACUAAUCUCCUUAUCUACAGGGUGUUUCAAGAAAUUUGUAACUUUUGAAAAGUUUGUUACUCAGCCAUGAAAAAAGGUAGGAAGACAAAAUUUGGCACGCGUAAUAUACAGCCAAUGUAUAUUUUUUAUAAAAAAAUUUGGAAUUUUAAAGUGCACAUGAAGGUCGUUGUGAAUUUUUGAAAAAACUCAUUUUCACCCAAAUUACACAAGUUUUCAGUUGAAAAUCACUUUUUUCAUCAAAAAUUUCUAAGUUUUUGGCUAUUUUGUGGUUGGAAAUGCAUUUUAGAGACGAAAAUUUAUGUUCUCCGCGUUGGCGGAGAGCUUUAAAUCAUCGGCGGAGGCCAUAACUCGCUUCAAACUUUAUGGAGAAACUUCAACCAAAACCGAUCUUCCUAAAAUUUUAUGCGCUAUCUUCCGAUGUAUAAAUUCUAUUAAAAAGUUAAGACAAAAACAAAAAUUUUAAAAGCUAGCUUAUUAUCAUCAUGAAAAGUCAAUUUUUGGUUUAUAUUUUAAAAAGAUAAUUAUUACAAUUAAAGUUUGUUGAAAUUUUAAGUUUCUGUUUUCGUUUUGAGUAGUUUUUACAAUAUAAUACUAAAAAAAAGUAAAAUAAGUAACUUAAAUUCCUUAAGUAACAUAGUUAUAACUUUUUUAACUGUAUCUAUGCCCAUAAAAAGAAAAUGACACAUUUUAUUUUUCUAUACAUUUGAUUUGUCUCUUUUCAGUAAUCUUUUGUGUUCACCUUAAUAUUUCAUUAGAAUUUAUACACCGGAAGAUAGCGCAUAAAAUAUUAGGAAGAUCGGUUUUGGUUUCAAGUUUCUCCAUAAAGUUUGAAGCGAGUUAUGGCCUCCGCCGAUGAUUUAAAGCUCUCCGCCAACGCGGAGAACAUAAAUUUUCGUCUCUAAAAUGCAUUUCCAACCACAAAAUAGCCGAAAACAGAAAUUUUUGAUGAAAAAAGUGAUUUUCAACUGAAAACUUGUGUAAUUUGGGUGAAAAUGAGUUUUUUCAAAAAUCCAUAACGACCUUCAUAUGCACUUUAAAAUCCCAAAUUUUUUUAUAAAAAAUAUACAUUGGCUGUAUAUUACGUGUGCCAUAUUUUGUCUUCCUAACUUUUUUCAUGGCUGAGUAAUAAAUUUUUCAACAGUUACAAAUUUCUUGAAACACCCUGUAUUUAACGGUGUAAAGACUUUAUUUUACUUUCUUCAGCCAUGAGAAUUGGGUAUCCCAAUUGAUCAUUCCAAACUCUACUCGCUAUCUAUGGGUCGAGAAGGAAGAUAUACGAUUCUUUCAAGCCUUGGAAAGGUGGGUGUAACAUAUUAUUACAGUAUCCUUGGGUUUGGAUGUUUUGGCGUUUUGCCAUUUUAGUCAACGAUUUGGCACAGUAAAUUUAAGAUUUCAGCCUUAACUGCCCAUCUUACACAAAACUCGAGGACAAAGGCUUAUAUGUAUCUGGCGAUGAUGUUAACGUUACGAAGGCAUUCGUAUUCAGGGAUUACUUAUUUUUGAACAAAGAGAUUAUACUUGACAUCAAAAAGGCGUAUCACGACCUUGAUUUGAGUAGAUGUGGGCAAAGUACGACGUAAGUUUACAUUGUCUUACAUCUAGGAUGUAUAAUACUAGGUAUGACCAAUUUUUGAUGGGUUAGAAAGUUUGUACCGAUGUUUAAAUUUUUAAUCUUGUUUUUUAGAUUAAACCUUACGAUUUUGAAAGCAAACAAAAGCAGCUUGGUUGGUAUUUCAAAAGAAGAAACGAAUAAGAUUCUUGAUAAGUGCUUUGCAGUAAGUCAUUAGAAUUAGUAUGUCUAUUAACGGUAGGUUAGAAUGGAAGUAGGUAAGAAUAGGGUACGAAAGGUAGGGCAGGGUAAGUCUUACAUUCUACAACAAUCUCAAACAAUUAAUUUUAGUACGGUCUGGAAUGCGUUCCAGCAUGGUCCGAUAAUACUGAAAACUACGAAGUACGUAAGGCUGAAAAGCAUAAACAUGCUGUUAUGGUGAUGAAUGGCUGGACUUUGACAGAAGUUUGGAAGCAGUGAGUUAGAUUACCUUUACCGUUUCAAAAAGCUUUUUAAAUUCUGAGUUUAGGACGGCUUUUUUACUUAAAAUUUUCUUUGAAUUUUUUUAGGUUUAAAUGUGAGUUUCUUCCGUACUACUACUUGGAACGACCUGAUAGGUACGUUUGAAGUUUGUGUAAUUUGAAUAUUUAAGAGUAAAAUCAAAGCCGGGCGGGUGAUUUUAUCUUUGGGAAGGGGGGGGAGGAGAGAAGAGGGUCUGAAGGCAUGAAGGCACAUGUACUUAAAGACCAGUUUGAUCUUUCGAAAAAAAAUUUGGUAGCCUACCUUCCCCUCUCUCUUUUUGAACCCGAUCCUGCUUGCAAAAACCUAUUUAUAUAUAUCUACCAGUUAAGACUUAUUUUAGGGACCAGUACAACAUGCUUGAGGACUCCUCAGAUCGUUUUGUAACUAUGCCACUCUUACAGCCUUCGGAUGAGAUCUUUACUUUAUACACGGCAACCACUACCACUACUACAACGACGACCACAACUACAACUACCACGAUUACUACAACCAUCGAAUCAAAUACCAAUACACCUACUCUGGAGUACUUUAUUCACGAGCUGAAUCCAGCUUCGCAUCAAGGCGAACCUGACGAAUACAACCCUGAGGACUACAUGAGUAUAAACGAUGGUGUUGCUUGUAAUGCAAAGGCCUUGACAUUGGUUCUUAUGAUGUUGAUGGUUUUUGUAUUUUUAUUGUAGAGUAAACAAGAUUUAUUACGUUAAUGGUUUUGUGUGUAUAAGUUAACUUUGCUUUGUAUUUGUAAACUUCAUAUGGUUUUAUUGUUUGAAAAUUGAAAGAAAAUAAAAAAAGAUGUAAUAUUCAACUGUCUUCAGCAAAGUAUUAUAAUAAACCGCAGUUUCCAGCAAAUCUCGAGAAAAUUGAGAUAAAACAAUUUGAAUUCUCGCCAACUUGGCAUUAGGUUUCAAGCCCAUAACUUGGUCAUUUUUUGACUUUUAAUGUUUUUUAUUUGAUAUACUAAUAGAAAACCUUCAAAUCAACCUAAAUUUUUUUAAAUUUUAUUUUCAACUAAUCUGUAACAUCAAAAAAGGGCUUGAAACACAAUGCCAAUUGGCAGGAACCUUUAAUUUUUUAAACUUAAAGUUUAAAAGCGCAAGCUAAAAAUUUGUACGGGUACGUACUAUUGGAGGUGCAAAGAAUUCAUAGAAAAAUUAUGAGCUGAUUCUGACAUUUUUGAGUUGGGCAGAUUAAAUACUUUUUUUGCCGGUCGAAAAACUAAAAAAUCAAUUUUUAAAAUGAGAAUUUCAUUUUUUAGAUUUUGAAGUAUAUUUAAUAAGAAAAUAAUUUUAAUUUUUAAAUAAAAUAUUAAAAUUUUCAGAACAUCAUUUUCCAAAAUCUUCAUUUCCAAAAAUUCAUUUUCUGGAAUGGUGAGUGACAGAACGUGCUCUUCUUAUGGCUAAGUUUUGGUGGUUUUUAGUACUGUUGGCGAUAGUAGUAGUACUAUCGAAGGAAUGUUCAGAAAAGAAUACUGGCUCAGAGGAAUGUUCUGGUGAAGUUAAUCGUUCCAUGGUUAAAACUUGGAUAAUGACAAUACCCGUAAGUAGAUGUUUGGGUUAUAAUAUUUGAUAAUAUAGUAGGUAUUCAGUUAAUUUUGCAUAAACAUAUAAUACGCAAGAGAUAUUUGGUUUUUAUUAUCUAUAUCUAUUUGACCAAAAUUCAGAGUUUUAUAAUUUAAAAGUGAUAUUGAAUAACGGAAAUUUGUUAUUUUAGGAGUACUCUGACACAUAUCAACGAAUAUGUAAGUGAAAAUUUAAAACUUUAAAGUAUCAACAUAAUAUUUACUAGUUCAGACUAUGGUGAUGGAAGUAAAGGACGUUCAUACAUGCUUAGUUUUUCAAGGUAAGUUUUUUUCGUUUUUAUUAAAAAGGUAUAAAUCUUUAUGGUUAAUAUGGAAAAAAAGGCUAAUACGACAUUAUUAGUGAAAUGUUAUGUUGAGUAAAACUCAACUGUCUUUUGACAAUUUUAACUUGAGUCUAAUUUAUUUUGGACCAAUAUCUUUUUUUUUGGUUUUAUAUAUAACGUAUUUUGGACUAAUGUCCUUAUGAGGGCCGGGCGGGGACUUUUGGUCUGGGGGUGGGGGUCGAAGGUAAACUGUAAAUUGUGCCACUGACAUCUACCUCCUCCCCCCCCCCAGCGCUCGGCCCUGGUCCUUAUCAAUCUAGUGGUUUAAAGAUUUAUUAAUUCAACAUUUUUCAGCAAUGUGGUUAGGGUAUCCCAAUUGAUCAUUCCGGAUUCUAAUCGUUAUGUAUGGGUCGAGAAGUUCAUUCUACGAUUCCUUCAGCACGUGGAAGGGUGGGUGUAACAUAAUCUUAUACGAAAAAAUGAUUUUUUGGUAUUGUGCCAUUACAGGCUACAGUUGGACACAAUAAAUUUAAUAUUUCAGCAAUAAAUGCGUGUCUUACACGAACCUAUAUUUAUUCACCGUCGACUUUAACGUUAAGAAAGCAUUCGUAUUCAAAAAUUACUUAUUUUUAAGUAACGAUACUAUAAUUUCCAUCGAAGCAGCGUAUAAAAAUGUCAAUACGAAUAAAUGCGGGACGAGUGAUGACUCGUAAGUUUACAGUGUUUUAUCAUGAUAUAUAUAUAGAAUGCACAGGGUAUGACCAACUUUUGAGGUUGGAACGCCUGUGCCUAUUUUUAAUUUUUUUUUUUUGAAUUUUAAUAGGGCGUUUAAACAUUACUCAUACAGAUUUGUGAGGUUAUCUCUUUGGAAGGUGAAAGCAAACAAAACCAAGUUGAACGGUAUUUCAGAAGUAGAAGCGAAUGAGAUUCUUGAUAAAUGCUUUGCAGUAAGGCAUUUUAAUGUUUAUUAGUCUUUAAUUUCAUGAAAUACAAGAAUUUACGUUGGAAUAUUUUUAAAAGUUUAAUCACUCUGGUACUUCAAAAAAUUAAAUUUAGAAUGAUAAGGAAUGCGUUCCAAUAUGGUCCCGUGAUAAUGUUAGCUACGAAGUACGUACGGCUGUACCGGAUAGACAUGCUGUUAUGGUGAUGAAUGGCUGGACUUUGACAGAAAGUUGGGUAGUGUACGUCAGAAUAUUUUUAAGGAUUUGGAAAAAAAGGUUUUAAAAUCUGAGUUUAGGGCAGUUUUUGUACUUAAAAUAUUCUUCAUUAUUUGUUUUACUCGAAAUAUUAUUCUAUAAUACUUACUUUUUUAGAAUUCACGAUGCUUUCCUUCCGUAUUAUUACCUGGAACGACCUGAUGGGUAUGUCUGAGUUUUGUAUCAUUCUAAUAUCUAACAUUCUUUGGAGAUGGGACCAACUGCAGGCCUUGGUUCCUUCACCGACUAACCAACCAGCUGAAUCUUAUUUUAGGGUCCUGUACAAGAUGGCUCUUUUUCAUGAGACUUUAGCUGACGGCACUUACCUGGUUAUGCCACUCUUACAGCCUUCGGAUAAGAUCUUUACUGUAUACACGACCACCACCACUACAACGACGACCACAACUACAACUACCACGAGUACUACAACCAUCGAAUCAAAUACCACGACACCGACUAAGGCGUACUUUAUUCACCAGCUGCAUCCAGCUUCGCAUCAGGGCGAACCUGACGAAUACGACCCUGAGGACUACAUCAGUAUGAGCAAUGGGGUUGCUGGCAAUGCAAAGGUCUUGUCAGCGGUUCUUGUGAUGAUUGUUGUAGCUUUAUUGUAG